AUGGUAGCGCAGGCUGCCAAGAGCACACUGGAUAGUUGUGCACAGCAAGCACUUCGCCUCCAAGAAGAGAGGGUAGUACUGGUAGGUCGUGGAGGCCAGCAGCAUUGGGUACUAAGUGCUGCAGUUGGAUUGGCCAGUGUGCAGUUUGAACCAUCACAUUCUGACGCGGUCAAGCUUCAGGCGAUAGAUCGCGUAUCACGCUUGCUGUACAGGAUGCUUUCUCGAAAGGAUAUUGGUGAAGUGCCUCCAGCCAAUGAGGUUCUACUUCAAGAUGCACCACGCAUAGCCAAACAGAUCAAUAGUCACCCCGGCUAUUCCGCUGCAGCACUAUCAACAGAUUCUUUCGCUGACGUUGGGCUGCGCAUUGAUACCUUCGACUUCGGCGAGACAUCAGAGUGGAUGCUGGAUGACUUCUGGUUCCUCAACGAGCCGUUUGGAAGCGAAUGUCAGGCUAACCAUUUGAUUUGA